GGUUACAUCGAAAAGUCAAGCAUAAUCUGAUUAGUGACGAAGUCAAAGAAUUGAGAGAUAUGGCAUUUUGGGGGUUCUUUGCUUCUGAAACUUGGGUUUCAGCUUGUUAUGGUCGUCCAAGCGCUAUUGAUGAAUCUACAUGCGAUGUUGAUCUCCUUCCAAUACCGCCUGAUCAAGAUCCAGAUGAAGAAACACGAUUGCAUAUAGCUUGGAUCUUACAUAUUAAUUUAUUGCGCAUUUUUGCUCAAGUUCGAAAAUAUUUAUAUGGUUGGUCAAAAAUUGCUGGCAGUCCUCGAGAGGAAAAUCAAUUUCGUUUUUUAGAUGCAACAUUAGGAAAAUGGUUUUAUACUUUACCACAUUGGUUAAAAUUUGAAGAAAUGGCACAAGAUCCGAAAGGAAGCUUGUUAGGUGCAAUUGGAGGGGAGACGCAUACUCUUUUUUGGACAGUACUUAUUCUUCUUCAUAGUCGCAAUCUUACCAUGUUCACUUCAAAUCAUCCAUUAGAUGAUUCUUUAAGAUUAUCUUCUCAAACUAUUUGUGUUCAUGCAGCAAUAAUUCUUCUCCAUUGCCUUGACGUGAUUAUUAAUACUGUACCAGAUUUUUAUGAACAAACUUGCACUGCACUUUUUUCGUUUGCACCUGCCAUACGUGUAUUAUCAUGGACUGCUCAACGUGGUGAUUCGAAAGCAGCACUUAUGGUACAAAGAUUAAAAGAGAUUAAAAAGGAUGUUGCAGAAAUUGCAAGGCGAAGAUUUGUUGAUCAACCCACAGGUGAAGGUAGAUUAGAUGGUGAAGAAAAAUUAAAGGGAAAUUUAACCAUAAUGAAGGCGUACGAGGAACAUGUGAUGUAUGAUUCUGAACUACAAAAGGAUAAUUUAUAUGCUAAUAACAAAGAUAAGAAAUAUCGAAAGUCUCCUAAAUUACCUAUGUGGGAUUUUCAACAAAAUUUUCAACAAUCGACUAAUGAUGGUUCAAUUGUUCCAAAUAUUUUUUAUGAUUCUACUUCAUCUCCAAACAAUACUUCUACUUCCAUUUUUACAAGUCCUGCACU